CUUUCAGUCUUAGCCGCAACCUCAGACGAAGCUGUUCGCAAAUUCAAAAUGAUCUUCCUAAUAUAUUUGGUGAUCGCGAUAUCCGCGCUAGUUGCAUAUUUCAUAUAUAGCAACACAACGUUCUGGCGGAAUCGAGGAAUUCCUCAGGAUCCGCCACAUCCAUUCUAUGGCAACAUGAUAGGAUUCCGCAAGAAUCGUGUCGUUCACGAUAUUCUCGAGGAAUAUUAUAAUAAAUUCCGAAAGGCCGGUCAUCCGUUUGUCGGGUUUAACUUCCUGCACAAGCGAUCGGCCUUCAUCAUGGACAUUAAAUUGGCCAAGAAUGUGUUGAUCAAGGAUUUUACAAACUUUGCCGAUCGCGGACAGUUUCACAAUAUUCGUGACGAUCCUUUGACUGGUCAUCUUUUCAAUUUGGAUGGAAAACGCUGGAGGGAAAUGAGACAGAGACUCUCGCCCACUUUUACGUCCGGAAAAAUGAAGUUCAUGUUUCCCACUGUUAUAAAAGUGUCCGAAGAGUUCGUUAAGGUGAUGUUUGAAGAAGUCUCAGCCAAAUCUGGAGGUGCUAUUAUCGAGAUCAAAGAGCUGAUGGCUCGCUUCACGACCGAUGUCAUUGGAACCUGUGCCUUUGGCAUUGAGUGCAACACUCUUCGCACUCCUGACACUGACUUCCGUAAAAUGGGAAGCAAAGUAUUUACGGAUCUGCGUCAUGGCACUCUCCUGACUGCUUUCGAGUUCAGUUUUCCUAAAUUGGCCAGCGCGUUAAGAAUGCGAAUGAUUCCUGAUGAUGUUCACGAGUUCUUUAUGCGACUUGUUGAGGAAACAAUGGCAUAUCGCGAAAAAGAAAAGAUUAAGCGCAACGACUUCAUGGAGAUGUUGAUCGAAAUGAAGCAAAAGGGAAGCUAUACAUUGGAGAAUGGCGAUGUUGUCAAAGGGUUGGAAAUUGGAGAACUCGCUGCUCAAGUGUUUGUUUUCUAUUUGGCUGGCUUUGAGACCUCUUCUUCUACCAUGAGCUAUUGUCUCUAUGAGUUGGCUCAGCACACAGAUAUUCAAGACAAACUAAGAGAAGACAUUAAUAAUGUUCUGCAGCAAUACGAUGGAAAAUUAACUUAUGAAAGUAUUAAAGCAAUGCGUUACUUGGAUCAGGUCAUAUCAGAAACUUUGCGUCUUUAUACAAUCGUGCCAUUCUUGGAGCGCAGAGCUCUGAAAGAUUAUGUUGUUCCCGGACAUCCCAAAUAUGUUAUACCAAAGGGCACUCAGGUGAUCAUACCUGCGGCUGCUUAUCACCGCGAUGAAGAUUUCUAUCCUGACCCUAACACAUUCGAUCCUGAACGCUUCUCAACCGAACAAGUUGCCAACCGCGACUCUGUCGAGUGGUUGCCUUUUGGCGAUGGUCCAAGGAACUGUGUGGGAAUGCGUUUUGGUCAAAUGCAGACACGUAUUGGCCUGGCCCAGUUGAUAAAGAACUUCAAAGUCUCGGUGUGCGAUAAGACUGACCUUCCGCUUGUCUAUAAUCCAAUGUCAUUUGUCUUGGGCACCAUUGGAGGAAUCUUUGUGCGAGCUGAGCGAGUUUAAACUGUGAUCGCCACAUGGAUAAAUAAAAGUGUGCUAAAAAUAAUGGGUGCGAUUUUGAAUGCUGUAAAUGUAUGAGAGAGAUGUUGUGUAUGACUUUACUUAUUUUAUAUGGAAACAUGAAAAAUUAUUUUAAUAAGUGCUGAAAAAUAAAAAUAGAACUUAGGCUAUUUUAUAAAAUA